GAUAGCAUUACAAUUCUGAGCGAGAACCCUUCCCGAGAAGAAGAGAAAAAAACUUCGUCAAACCAACCAAUCAGAAGGAGACGAGUUACCCUCCACCCCUAGGCAAUCGAGAAGGGCGGGAGAAGUCCCUCACCCCACCCCCAUCCCACCAAGACUUCCCGCUUCCCCGGCUGCACAGUAUAAACUAGCCGAUCCCCUUAAGUUUUCCUUCCCGCACACCGUAUGAAUUAGCCAAUCCCCCUAAGCUUCCCUUCCCGCCGUCCCUGCUAGACAGUAUCAAAACGACCUGCCGCUUUCUCUCGGGGCUCCUUCACCACUGUGUGAAGAGAGUCCCUGCUCGAGCUUGUAAUAAAGCUCCUCACUGCUUUUGCAUCGAUCCGCGGCUCCUGUCGUGUUUGGGGGAAUUCUGCAAUCCGGGUACAACAUAUGGGGGCUCGUCCGGGAUCCCCCGAGCCCUUCAGGACCCGCGCUUCGGAGGACGAACGGCCGGGGUGGCUGACAUUCCAGGAUGUGACCAUAGACUUCACUCAAGAGGAGUGGGAAUGCCUGGACCUCGGUCAGCGGGACUUGUACAGGGAUGUGAUGUUAGAGACCUACGGGAACCUGGCCUCCUUGGGUCUUGUGGUCUCAAAGCCGGACCUGGUCACCUUUCUGGAGCAAAUGAAGACUCCCUGGGAUGUAAGGAGAACGGACACAACAGCCACAUACUCAGGUCUGUUUUCUCACAACACCCAUGGUUUGAUGUCAAAGAAUCCAAGGUUUGAAAAUUUAAUGCAAAAAGCAAACCUAUAUGAAAGAGCUCCCCUCGGAAAUGACCAUUUAACCAAAGACUGGGGACAUACAAGGGUAUGUGACAGACUGAGAGGAUGUUUAUAUGGACAUAAAGAAAUUGAGACCGCUUCACAUACUGUGGACAUGACUGCCAGAAGAAAUGAGCACUGGGAGUCAAAUUGGGGAAAGCACCCGAUUCAGUCAUCACCGUCUGCCGCGCAGUGUAUCUUUGUAAGCAAUGACUCACAUCAGUUUUUGAAACACACACGUUCCCUGAGGGGAAAUGUGGAAAAUCUGGAAAGUCAUCCAGUGUCUAUUCCAAAUGUUCGUUCAGACCACUCUGAACAUAGACUUCGAUUACACAUACAUUCAACCACGUCUGAAAAGGAGAAGUUUACAAAUGAUGGGGAAAACUCACAAUAUAAUCAACUUGAGGGGUCUGUGAGCAACGGGUCAUUAUUCUUCCACCAACAGACAGGUUCUCUCCAAUCCAAAAUGUGUAAUGUUGAUAAUAAUGGAGGAGACUUAAUUCAGCCAUCACUGUUUGAUACAUAUCAUGAUAGGGUUAAUAUAAAACAACUUUUCAUGUGUAAUAACACGAGUCAGGCCUUAAGUAGGAGCUCCAACCCCAAUAGUUUCCAGAGUAUUUAUGAUGGAGCAAGAAACUGUUCAUACAAUGACAGUGGGUAUAACAUUGAACAAGACUCUGAUCUUAGGAAACAUCAGGCACCUCAAUCUUCAGAUAAGGAUUCUAAAAGUAAUACAUGCAGGAAUAUCUUUUAUCAAGCAUCAGGUCUUUCACUAAAUAAGAGUACACAUACUGGAGAGAAGACUUACAAUUGUAGUGAAUAUGAUGUGUCUAAUCUGUCUUCAGAACUUAUUCAACAGCAGAGUAUUCAGAAUCCACAGAAAAACUACAAGUGUAAGAAAUGUGAGAAAGUCUUUACUAACGCACUCAACCUAUGUAAACAUAGGGAAAUUCAUACAGGAUGGAAUACUUUCACAUGUACAGAAUGUGACAAAUCAUUUAAUCAGAGUUCAAAACUUAGUCAACAUCAGCGAAUCCAUAUUGGCCAGAAGCCUUAUAAAUGUAAGGAAUGUGGUGAAGGCUUUAGCCAGCACUCAAGUCUUACUUACCAUCAGAGAGUCCAUACACGGGAGAAGUCUUCUAAAUGUAAGGAUUGUGGCAAAGCCUUUAAACAGUGCUCAUGUCUUCAUAAACAUCAGGUAAUUCAUGCUGGAGAGAAACCUUGUAAAUGUCAAGAAUGUGGAAAAGCUUUCAGUCAAUACGCAACUCUUAUUAAACACCAGCGAAUUCAUACUGGAGGGAAGCCUUAUAAAUGUAAGGAUUGUGGCAAAGGCUUUAUUCAACGCAAAGGUCUUACUUGCCAUCAGAGAACUCACACUGCAGAAAAACCAUAUAAAUGUCAAGAAUGUGGAAAAGCUUUCAGUCAAUAUGCAACUCGUAAUAAACACCAGCGAAUUCAUACUGGAGAGAAGCCUUAUAAAUGUAAAGAUUGUGGCAAAGGCUUUAUUCAACGCAAAGGUCUUACUUGCCAUCAGAGAAUUCACACUCGAGAGAAACCUUAUAAAUGUCAAGAAUGUGGAAAAGCUUUCAGUCAAUACGCAACUCUUAUUAAACACCAGCGAAUUCAUACUGGAGAGAAGCCAUAUAAAUGUAAGGAUUGUGGCAAAGGCUUUAUUCAACGCAAAGGUCUUACUUGCCGUCAGAGAAUUCACACUGGAGAGAAACCAUAUAAAUGUCAAGAAUGUGGAAAAGCUUUCAGUCAAUAUGCAACUCGUAAUAAACACCAGCGAAUUCAUACUGGAGAGAAGCCUUAUAAAUGUAAGGAUUGUGGCAAAGACUUUAGCCAGGCCUCAGGCCUUAUGUACCAUCAGAGAGUUCACACUGGAGAGAAGCCUUAUAAAUGUAAGGAUUGUGGCAAAGACUUUAGCCGGGGCUCAGACCUCAUGUCCCAUCAGAGAGUUCAUACUGGAGAGAAGCCUUAUAAAUGUAAGGAUUGUGGCAAAGACUUUAGCCAGGGCUCAGGCCUUAUGUACCAUCAGAGAAUUCAUACUGGAGAGAAGCCUUAUAAAUGUAAGGAUUGUGGCAAAGACUUUAGCCAGGGCUCAGGCCUUAUGUACCAUCAGAGAAUUCAUACUGGAGAGAAGCCUUAUAAAUGUAAGGAUUGUGGCAAAGGCUUUAGCUGGCACUCAGGUCUUACUUGCCAUCAGAGAAUUCACACUGGAGAGAAACCUUAUAAAUGUCAAAAAUGUGGAAAAGCUUUCAGUCAACGCUCUACUCUCACUCAACACCAGAGAAUUCAUACUGGAGAGAAGCCUUAUAAAUGUCAGGAUUGUGGCAAAGACUUUAGGCGCUGCGCCGGUCUUACUCGCCAUCAGAGAAUUCACACUGGAGGGAAAACUUGUAAAAAAGGUGGUAAAGUUUUCAGUCACUAUGCAACUCUUAUUUAACAUGAGCGAAUUCAUACUGAAGAGGAGCCUUAUAAAUGUAAGGACUGUGACAUAGACUUUAACCCAGCACAUUGGUUUUACUUACCAUCAGAUAAUUCAUACUGAAGGAAUUCUCAUAAAUGUAAAGAAACCUGCAAAGGCUUUAAUCAGAGCUCUCAUCUCACUGGACAUCAGAGAGCAUGUCCUGGAGGGAAACCCUAGUAAUGAAGUAAGACAUGGAAGAGGUUUGUCCUGAAUAUACAGUUCAGGAAACCCAAGACUGUUUAUAUAAGAAUGAUACGGAAUGACGUAAAGAAAAUAUAAAUAAGUAUUUACAAAAAAUCAAACCUAAAUAAAUAUCAGGAAAUGCAUACUAGAAAGUAUUUCAUAAACCCUGUUUUCUGACGUUCCUCUUAGGGAGAAAUAUUGUAGAUAGUGAUUCAUAGUUAAAAUAGACAGAAAGUUGAUAGGUUAGUAUGGAUCACAAGAUGAAGAGGUGAUGUUCAGCCAUGUACAGUUACUAGCUAUGUAUGUUUGUUGAUGUUGAAACGAUUUGUGAUUAUUUGAAAACCAAAAUGAAUGUAACUGAAUUCUCAAAUUACUCCAUGCUACACUUCAUUUCUAGUGUGCAUGCAAAGUUAUGUUUUUGAUGGUUGGUACCUCAAAGAUGAGAGAAGCCCUUCUUUCUAGGAAGAAAACAUUUAUAAUUUUCUCCAUUAUAAGAUUAAGGACACAGGAAUGUAACAUGUGCAGUGAACAUCUAAAUGGUGGUGUUUGUCAUUCAUGUCACACAUCCCUGUAAGUCACCGUGAUAUAAGUGUUCAGGGAAUAAUUCCACAGAUUAAAGUACAUUUUCAAUGUACAUUUUCAAUAGUUAUGUCACUUGCUUUUAAAGUAAAGUACAAAGACAGUUCACUAAAAUCUUGAUGUAUUUUAUAAUAUCAACAGAAGUCAUGAAUAUCAGUAGCCAUGUUUCAGUUAAAGACAUCUCUGCUACCCUAGAAAUGUAGGGAAAAUCCUUCCCAGAAAAAUCAUGUAAUUAUUGUAUGUCUUCUUAAAUGAUUAGCCUCCCUUUUGUAACCGUAGAAAUCACAGUUCUCAGAUCAUUGUAUCAGAGGUAUAUUAUCAUUGUUCAUGCUUAUAAUCUGUAUUUUAACCGAAGUUACAUAGUGGAGUGUAAAAGGUUUUAUUCUGUGUGUGAUAAGCAUACAUGUUAAGCAAUAAAACUGAAUGGUUUCUUGUGUAAA